AUGGCCUCCAAGCUUUUCUCUCCCAUAACAUUCUCAUUUUUCAUUCUCCUUUUAAUUCCCUUCUUUACCUCUCUAUCUUUUGCAGAUCUCUCUCAUCUCACUACUCCAGUCCCACCUGAAACCAUUUGCAAGUCCACCCUUUACAGCUCGUAUUGCAAAUCCGUGCUCCCAAAUCAGACUGCCAAUGUCUUCGAUUAUGGCCGGUUUGCGAUUUUGAAGUCAUUGUUGCAAUCACGCAUAUUUUCAAGUGUAGUUAACAAUUAUGUUCAAUACAGGUACCCCUUCUUAUCCAAAACUACAAUACGUGCUCUUGAGGAUUGCCAAUUGCUGGCUAGCUUAAACGUUGAUUACCUUAAAAAAUCCUAUGAAACUAUCAACACAACUAGUGUUGAUCUCUCCACCCUUGAAGUGGAUGACGUCCAAACCUUUCUGAGUGCCAUUUUAACUAACCAGCAAACUUGUUUGGAAGGCCUAAUUUCCACAGCUUCGGAUUCAAGCAUAAAGAAUGCUCUUUCAGUGCCACUUUAUAAUGACACUAAGCUCCAUGGCGUCUCUCUGGCUUUGUUCACCAAGGGGUGGGUGCCUAUGAAGAAGGAUUGCUGGCAGCCUGAGAGGAAAUAUCCUAUGUUCCGAAAUGGAAGUUUACCAUUAAAAAUGUCCAGCCAGAAACGAGCAAUUUAUGAGUCAGUGCGCAAGAGAAAGAUUUUUGAGACAGAUAGUGAAGAUGAAGAGAUUAGGGUUUCUGACAUUGUGAUCGUGUGCCAAGAUGGAGGCGGAAACUUCACCACAAUCAAUGAUGCCAUUCUUGCUGCUCCAAACAACACUAACUCUUCCGAUGGGUACUUUCUGAUCUAUGUUACAGCCGGUGUUUACCACGAGUAUGUGUCCAUUCCGAAGAACAAGAGGUAUUUGUUGAUGAUUGGAGACGGUAUCAAUCGGACCAUAAUCACAGGCAACCGAAGCGUGGAUGAUGGUUGGACGACGUUCAAUUCCGCAACUUUUGCUGUGGUUGCACCAGGGUUCGUGGCCGUGGACAUUACUAUUCGCAACACUGCUGGGCCAACAAAGCACCAAGCAGUUGCACUUCGAAGUGGGGCAGAUAUGUCCACGUUUUACAGCUGCAGCUUUGAGGGGUACCAGGACACAUUGUACACACAUUCUCUCAGGCAAUUCUAUCGGGAAUGUGAUAUCUAUGGGACAGUUGACUUCAUAUUUGGAAAUGCUGCAGUUGUCCUCCAAAACUGCAACAUAUAUCCCCGCCUUCCAAUGACUGGACAAUUCAAUUCCAUCACAGCUCAAGGUCGAACGGACCCAAAUCAAAACACAGGUAUUUCCAUCCAUAAUUGUACAAUUAGAGCAGCUGACGAUUUGGCUGCAAGCGAUGGUACUAGUACUCAAACAUACCUAGGGAGGCCAUGGAAGGAGUACUCCAGGACGGUUUACAUGCAAUCUUUCAUGGACAGUUUGAUAAAUGCAGCAGGUUGGCAUGAAUGGAGUGGAAGUUUUGCACUAAGCACAUUGUAUUAUGCGGAGUAUGGAAAUAGAGGACCUGGAUCAGAAACUGCGAAUAGAGUGACAUGGCCUGGUUACCAUGUGAUUGACGGCGCUGAUGCUGCUAAGUUUACAGUAUCUUCCUUCUUGCUGGUGGAAGAUGAUUGGCUGCCUCGAACAGGAGUGCCUUACACCGGUGGCUUAGUGUGACUUAAUAUUCUUUCUUUAAUAGAAAAAACAAGAAUGAGUAACUUCUUGGAUAUCGCUGGUUGUUGUUUCAUUUUUUAUCUGUCAUUGUUUUUACUACAGAAAAAAGCGCGUGAUGCCAUAAAUUCUUGGCCAUUAAUGUACAGCUUAAUCGAUUCUCAUGCUGUAU